GUUCCUUGUUCUGUUCUCCAGCACCGACAUCAGCCAUUCCUUUUCUCUGCAAUUUCUUCUCCGAACCCUAGAUUCCUUCUUCGACCCUUAAAUCCUCUACAAUUUCUUCUCUGAACCCUAGAGCCUCUUGGGAUUAAAUCUGCAACGUUGCAAUGGAGUUAGCAGCAGUGCAGUUGAUAUGCUCAUGGAGCAGUUAUGGAGGUGUGAUAUCCUUUUCUGAGCAGUUUCUGAACAGGAAGGGUAGACCCUCCAAAUAACAACGCAUGAGAUUUCUGUUUAAUAGAAAUCUGUUAAUACAUUUUGCCCAACAAAUGGGCAUUGGUUUCUUCUUGGCCAAAAUCCCUGAGAACACAGUUACUGGGUCCUGAAUUUUAGGGCAUGUUUCUUUGAUUUUAGCUUUUUUAUAUUGCUGGGUGCUAGCACCUGGUGUUUUAGCUUGGUCUUGCCAACUCAUCUUUGGGCGAAAGCUUUUCUUCCUCCCCUCAGGCAUCUCACUACGAAGUUGGCAGUGUUUCCACUGGUUCUUCACAUGAUAGUUCAAUCCUCUGUUUUGCUCAAAGGGUAGGUUGAAGUCUUCACUUCCACCAUGCUUUUCACAGUCAAGAGUUUUGGUGCCUUGCUUUUUAUGGGCUUUGGCCAUGGCAGCAAUUUAGUGUC